AUGCCCCUCCCGCUGCGUCUGCGGCACAUUCCGUUACCAUGCUCGCCAAUCAAGAACACUCCAAUGCAGAUGGCAUGCUGGCUGCAAUCGCGGAUUCAGCAAGCCAUGAUUGACAACAGACUCGAGAUUCACCUGGCUAGGCCAAUCCCCAAGAAGAAAUCUACCGAAAACCAAAAGCGUCAAUGGGUCAAGGAACUUCUUAAACUCAAUGUCCCACACAACUCGUCCCCGGUACAUUUUGAGCACCUACUAAACCAUAUCGGUCCACCACCGACUGUCCUUUCUUUCGUGCCGCAACCUACAUUUGAUAUACCAGGGUUGGCUGUGGGUGACAAACGUGGUCAGAAAGCAAAACAUCUUGCUACUCCAUUGCCCAACCAGAUUUAUUCUCCUCAUGUCACUCACAGUGCUCGUUUACUCGGCAUGAAGCUUCCACAUUUCUUCACGUUGGAUCAAGUACGGAAAGUGAUAGAUGCCUUGCUGGACACCUGCGACAUGUGGACGAGGGCAGGAGAAAAAUCGUGGUCCAUGACACCUAGGAAAUCGGAGGAGCUCACUGAAUUUCUACGAGAAUUAAACCACUUCACGAGGAGCAUGCAAAAGGUCAUGGAUGAGGCAGACGCAACCAGCUUGCCUCUGGUGACGGACCUAGCGGCAAAAUCUAGAUUGCAGCCCAUGGACACGAAUCCUGCUUUUUUCGGUGGAACGUUGAUGCUCUGGCCUAUCAUGGACCUCAAAGAUGAUCUGCAGCUGCCUUCAGGUGCCAGUUUCGCGUCUGAACAAGGUCUACACGAUCUUUUGGCACAAGCCACCAUCAGAACCAUCAAGAAAUGUUUUAAUCGCGAUGCUUACAUCAAGCCCGGGGAGACGGGGGUUUGGUUGAAUGACAAAACUUUAUCUGUACCGCGACGCAUCGCCACCAUACGGCCCAUCCUGGGGCCCGAUUUGAUCACUUCCUUUGGUGUCGGCCUGCAGGUUGGGCCUCUCCCUAAAGAGGCAAACAAGGUAGACCAAACAAUGACAAGCCUGGCUGAACUUGGAGACAUGCCGUCUACCGCGGCCUCUCUCGCAAAACAUUGGAUGGAAGAGUUUGCUGGCUUGCUGGCGGAGAACGCCGGGAUUGCUCCCAAGAAAUUCUCACCACAGAUGAAGAAAGCUGCACGGAAGGCGAUGGCGAGAUCCCGGAUCGAGAAAGGCCCCGCUUGGACCGUAGAUCACCUUGAGGAUGCUGCAUUGGGUUGGAGAGCCCAAUCACCUUUUGAUCCUAGUUGGGAGCGACAUUUAACUGAAGGUCCCAAGUUGGUUGCCGACAGCAGUCUUUAUUCGAUGGCCUGCCUUUUCGACCAAGCUUCGAGUAAAGUCCUCUGGCUUGAAAGAAAUGUGAAUCUCAAAAAGGAUCCGUCCCAGGUCAAUGAAGUCUUGGACAUUAUGGAGAUAGCCUCGGAGGUCGCACAAGGACGCCCCUGGCUCGGCGUUGACAAGAUAAUGGAUACAUGGCGCAGUCGCCCAAUCAACAUGACCACCAUGUCGGAGCUCGACCUGCACAUGCUUGAUCAUAGAGCAGUCAUUCCUGGCAACGAAUCCUUUCCAAAGAUUAAGCCCAUUCCCGCGAAAGAACUCAUCACCGAAUCCGAAUUGAUCUGGCCAGAUCUGACUGUAUCCAAGGUUGACCGGAUAUUCCCAAAGCCCACCUACGAUCCCGAAUUGGUAGCCCCUUAUAAACACUACUGCGCCUGGGUCCUCCGCAUACUACGCGAGAGCUCUUGUGGGCGGCAUCUAGACGCAAGGCUUACGGACCACAGCGUUCGAUACGUGACGGGCGAGAUGUUGGCCCAGUCUGCUGUCACACUCGCCGUUCUAAAGGGAGCAAGCUCCAGCAUUGCCACGUCCAUCAAGUACGGACUCAACUACAUGCAGUGUGCAGCCCUUUACCGACGAGCCCUCACAACCCCCCAGGAACAACCAGACGAUAAUGCAUUCCCAUCCCGGCUGUCCCACCUGGAGGCUCGGCUAGUAUUUCCCCAGAAUCGUAUCCUCGCCAGACGCGGGGAGAAACUUUUGAACCCCGUGAAAGCUUUUAGUAGUGGCUACUUUGGUGGCCUUUUACCACCGGAGGAUUUCGACGAGACUUUGAAGAGGUUGGAGAGAUUCCCUGGAGACAGGGCAUUCAGCAAAAAAGCGAUGAGGGUGAUCAAGGGUCGGUAUGGCAAAAAUGUGCUCCGUGCGACGGGGCUGCAGAAGGCGCCUCCGAACUGGCGGGUAAUAGAAGAUUUCUUGGGACGGUUUUGA